AUGUCGACGACUCUGACACUCUCCGACAGCUCUGUGCUGAGCCAGUUCCUCUCUUUGCGAGAUGAGAACUCCUUUGAGCUAGGCUUGGAAGGCGGCUGUCCCAAGGAGAACGUCAAUGAGUUGACCCGAGCUCUCAUGAUCCAUUGCAAUCAAGACAACGUCCCCAAGAUUACUGCCCUUUUCGUUCACAAGUCUUUCUCGAAAGCAUUGUCUGAGGAUGACUUGAUUCAACUUUUCAAUUGUCUGCCUGACCUGGACGAGUUGUCCCUCUCUUCGGUAACUAUGUCGGUAAAGGCUCUCGUUGUGCUUGUAGCCCAGGCAAAGCACCUGAAGAAGAUUCGCCUGGAUCGCAUUGUCCUUCUUUGCCAACGGGCUGAAACAACGGGCGUGACAGCUCGGCUUUGCAAGGCUUUGUCGGCAUUGACGGGGCUCCAUUCAUUUCACCUUUCCCUUGGGUCUGAUUCCACUGGCAUCGACCGACGUGUCAUCCCGUUGUUUGCUGGGGAGAACACCGACCUGGAUGUCCUCGUUCGGGCGAUAUCUUCCCUCGAGAACCUCAGAUCUGUCUAUCUAGGCCGGGACGGUCGGAAUCAGCAAUCAAACUUGCUCCCGCGUGCCUUUGCGGCUCUUGUGCAGACGACAGAGAGUGUUACCAUAAGAAACAUGGCGAUAAGCCCUGCUCAUGUCAGACAGUUGCGGUCCCAAUCGCUUCAGUCGUUGAACCUGAUUCAGACUGACCUGAGAGAUGACGGUGCCUUGGCACUAUCUCGGUGCAUUGCUGAAGGCUUGCUACCGUUCUUGAACAAACUGUAUGUAGCAGGGAACGCCAUGACAGACGAAGGCGCUGUUGCGAUUGUUAAGGCCAUUCAGAGCAAUCCUGUCAGAAGAAAGUUGGAAGUACUUGACCUUCACGACAACUUUCUGAUGUCGACGACAGGCGCAGCGGUUUCGGUACUCUUGGGAUCCAACUGUGGUUGCGGCCUUACCUUCCUGGAUCUGUCCUGCAACCCAGGGUUGGGUGACCACGGUGGCGUUGCUGUGGCUUCGGCUUUGGCAGACAACUGUACGCUAGAGCAACUAUGCCUCUUUGGGUGUGGACUCGGCAAUCAGACUUGCAAGGCAAUCGCUGCGUCCUUGUCAAGGAACCGUACCCUGAAGCGUCUAAACUUGUACGACAACCAAUAUAUCGGAGAACAAGGCGUUCUGGCUCUUGUGGAAUGCUUGCAAGAUCAAGCCUUCUAUCUGGAACGGCUCGAAAUCAAGACUUCUCAGCUCGUAUCAAGGACUGCUGACAGUGAAGGCAAACAUCCUAAAAGCACAUUGGACUUCUUCCUGCGCCUAAAUCGCGAAUUCAAGCGAGGCGAAGCACUGUUCAAGUCUGAAGCGGACUAUUUGAAGGGGCCCGUUGCCAAAGCAUCUGAGCUUGAUUUGAGUUCUCUAUUUUAUCUGCUGUCUGCUCGACCAACGCUGUUCUCCCCGCCUGCGUCUCGAACCAGGCAAGCUAUCGUACACCUGCACAAGCUGUGUCAUCCAGUGGCUCUCCCUCUUUCCCAGAAAGGGACGAGCUCUGUGGCCGCCAAGGUGUUUUGCAACCCGCAGGCAUAAAAGACCUGCAACUAGAACGCCAGUUUGAUAUCUCCAUUGCGGGGUGUCCUUAUCGCGGAACGAGGCAGGCGCUUCACUCAAUCGCGGCCAAUUCCUUCCGCACCCACUUCCAUGGGCGGAGCACUUGCAAUGGCAAGACUGCGCCAACCAAUUACAUUGCUACAUUGUACUACAUAGAAGAAUACUAGUAGAAUACAUCAACUGACAGUCUGUGUAUGCCAGCCCCCAGCUAGCAGAACCAGGGGAUCUCUCCUGGUACCAGUAGUGUCGAUUGUUGACUAGGUCGUUGUUUUCAACUCUGGCCGAUAUCCCUUU